CUUCAUUUUCUCUCUCUCUUCUCCUCUCUGUCAAAGCAACGCCCCCUUCCUUCCUUAGAUCCGUACGAUCUGCGAGGUCCAUCCAUGGCUUCCAAACGGAUCUUGAAGGAGCUCAAAGAUCUCCAGAAGGACCCCCCGACCUCUUGCAGCGCAGGGCCUGUUGCUGAGGACAUGUUCCAUUGGCAAGCAACGAUAAUGGGUCCCCCAGAUAGUCCUUAUGCAGGGGGUGUCUUUCUAGUUACCAUCCAUUUCCCUCCUGAUUAUCCAUUCAAACCACCUAAGGUUGCCUUUAGGACUAAGGUAUUUCAUCCCAAUAUCAACAGCAAUGGAAGUAUCUGCCUUGACAUUUUGAAAGAGCAGUGGAGCCCUGCUCUCACCAUAUCUAAGGUAUUGCUAUCCAUCUGUUCCCUGUUGACGGACCCAAACCCAGAUGAUCCCUUGGUGCCGGAAAUUGCUCAUAUGUACAAGACAGACCGGUCAAAGUACGAGACAACCGCAAGGAGCUGGACCCAGAAGUAUGCUAUGGGCUAGCGUGCUUUGUCGCGAGGGCGUGUAGGAACAUCGGUUUGUAUUCCUUGU